GGGAACUUCCUCUGCAUUCUCUUGCGUGAUCCCCUUCCUUUUCGUGGUUGUGACCAGAAGUGAUAAAACAGAUAUAACAGAAGAACUUGGACAAAUUUUCGCAUGACGAUGGCUGUUGACACACUGGCGGUGCCGUCGGAGAAUGUUCUAGCCCCGAAGAAGAACAGGAUUCAGGUGUCCAAUACCAAGAAGCCCCUCUUCUUCUAUGUCAAUCUUGCCAAGAGGUACAUACAACAACAUAAUGAAGUUGAGCUCUCUGCUUUGGGGAUGGCAAUUACGACCGUUGUCACCAUUGCUGAGAUACUCAAGAACAACGGUGUUGCUACAGAAAAGAAGGUUUUGACUUCAUCGGUUGGAAUGAAGGACGAGAACAGAGGGCGGGUGAUCCAAAAGGCCAAGAUUGAGAUCGUGCUAGAGAAAUCGGAUAGAGGAGAAAGCCCGCCAGCAACGGCUAAUACAAGCACAGAAGCGACGACAACUGAUACAAAGACAGAAAUGGCGAAGACUGAAACAGCUACAGAACUGGCUGCCACCGCCUCUGAUGAAAAGAAGUGACCAUUAGGAUUGUUCGCGUCAAAUUUCGAUCUUUACUGAAUAGGGUCAUUCUUUCUGAAUCUAUUUUGGCAUUGCCCACCUUACUGGAGCAACUCUGUGGCUAGCGUCUUCGUUUUUAAUAGCAGAACCAAAGAUGGAUUCGAGUAUAGAGUAUGAAGUUGAAUAGAAUGCAAAAAGAAACAUUAUACUGAAUGGUUAAGUUAAAUAGGGGAAGUUGCAGCUGGAUGUUUCUCACAUGCAGAGUUGUAAAGUACCAUUAACAAAGUUUUCUGAUUCAAUCCUGGCUCUUUUGCUAAUGCGCU